AUGGACUACCUCAGGGAGCACAACGUGCCGGAGUCCUAUCGUGACAAAGACUUGAAAUGGAAUGGUUGGGGCUACGCUGAUUCAUUUUUCAAACUGGAUCAAGAUGGCGACGUUGUUAUGAUGGGUGACAAGUAUGAGACGUGCGGUCAGAAGAUGCCGUUCUUUCGUCCGUGGUUCGAGGAAAAUCUUGGCGUCGGUUUGGAUUAUUGUAAACCAAGUCAACGUAUUGGCGACAUGGAAAUCCCACCACCCGUCGAAAACGACGAAAUCCUCGAUGAACUCGUCCGUGCUAAUAUUUCCUUCUCAAACGCACCCCGAAUGAGGUUGAUGCGUGGUCAUGGACAUACGGUACACGAUAUCAUUAAUCUGCGUCAUGGUAAAAUCCCUCGAUUGCCAGAUAUUGUCGUAUGGCCACGAAGCGAACAGGAUGUGCUGAAGAUUAUUGAUUUGGCGAUGAGUACCAAUUGUGCCAUAAUUCCGAUCGGAGGCGGCACUUCUGUAUCGAACGCUCUUGGAUGUCCUGUCACAGAACAACGAGCUGUAAUUUCAUUGGAUAUGGCUUUAAUGGAUAAAAUUAUUUGGAUAGAUAAGGAGAACCUGACAUGCAGAGCACAGGCCGGUAUCAUUGGGCAGUCGCUUGAACGUCAACUGAACAACAAAGGGUUCACGUGCGGUCAUGAACCGGACUCGAUCGAAUUCUCCACUCUCGGCGGUUGGGUAUCAACAAGAGCUAGUGGCAUGAAAAAGAAUAAGUACGGUAACAUAGAAGAUCUCGUUGUUCACGUAAACUUUGCCACAGCAAAAGGAAUGAUUCAUAAGCAAUGCCAGGUUCCGCGAAUGUCCGGUGGCCCUGAUCUUCACCAUAUUAUUAUGGGAUCAGAAGGAACAUUGGGUGUUGUGACCGAGGCAACCAUCAAGAUAUUCCCAUCACCCGAGGUGAAACGUUAUGGUAGCCUGGUGUUUCCAGAUUUCCAGCACGGUGUCGAAUUUUUCCGAGAAGUUGCACGUCAGAGACUGCAACCGGCUUCUCUACGACUGAUGGACAACGAGCAAUUUAUCAUGGGACAAGCCUUGCGACUAGCCCCAAAAUCGUAUUGGGAUUCAAUGAAACACUCUAUUGGCCGGGCGUACCUCACCAAAUGGAAAGGUUUCCAUGCUGAUGAGAUGUGUGCUGCCACUUGCGUUUUUGAAGGUACAGCCGAUGAAGUCAACAACGAGGAAAGAAAAUUGUACGCUCUUGCAGAUAAAUACAAGGGUGUGGUAGGAGGCGAGGAGAAUGGCAAAUAUGGAUAUCGAUUAACUUUUGCAAUUGCCUAUUUGAGAGACCUAGGUAUGGAAUUUGGCGUACUGGGUGAAUCAUUCGAAACGUCCGUACCAUGGGAUAAAGUCUUAAAUUUGUGUCGAAAUGUCAAGGAACUCAUAAAACGGCAAGCGAAAGCAUUAGGAGUCCAAUAUCCAACAAUAUCAAGCUGCAGAGUGACUCAAAUAUACGACGCUGGAGUGUGUGUAUACUUCUACUUCGGGUUCAACUCCCGCGGCCUAGACGACCCUCUGGAAGUCUACGAUAGGAUCGAGAUAGCCGCUCGAGAUGAAAUAAUCGCUUGUGGCGGUAGUAUAUCACAUCAUCAUGGAGUGGGAAAAUUAAGGAAACAGUGGAUGCUUACAUCGCAAGGUGCCGUGGGGAUUUCGUUAUUGAAAGCAAUUAAGGCUGAACUCGACCCUGCCAACAUCUUCGCCAACGCAAAUCUUAUUGAUAUUAUUGGAUCACCACAUAGUAAGCUGUGA